UUCAAUUAUGGCGGCGAGAAUUGCUAUUCGCCUAACUUUCCGCUCUCCACUUAGCAAAUCGUUCUCAAGCAGAGGGCAUAGAAGUUUCCAAAGCCGCCUUGUUAGUACUACCAACAAUAGACCGGAGUUCUUUGGUACAAGUCGGCGAUUCAUGGCUGUUUUGGCAACGGGUUGUGGAGCGACCCUCGCCGGGUUUGUAUCUUACCGCAUGAUUUCCAACAACGUGAAAGCAAGGCCCGUCAAAGAUUCGAAUUUUCCUGCAAAGAAAGGGAUCUCUGAUAUCUCAAUCACUUUGUACCAAUAUCAGAACUGCCCUUUCUGUGGAAAAGUUCGAGCGUUUCUGAACUAUUAUGGAAUCAAGUACAACACUGUCGAAGUGAGCCCUUUAUGGAAGUCAGAGCUCAGUUUCUCCAAAUACAAGAAAGUUCCGUUACUUAUGGCGGAUGACACGCAGAUCAAUGACUCAUCAGUUAUCAUCAGUGCUCUCCGCUCCCUGAUGGUGGGCCAAGAUUCCAUAGAACAGAUCUUAGUUUAUUACCCUGAAAUCACUACAAAAGGUGCAGAUGGCAAAGAACAGACAGAAUAUGCCAACAGAUAUUUUAUUAUGUACAAAGAGGCUAUUGAUAAGAAAUCCAUGGAACAAGAGAAGGAACAGAGAAAAUGGCGAAAAUGGGUGGACAAUUCAUUUGUUCACACGCUGUCACCAAAUAUCUACCGCACAGCAUCGGAAGCCAUGCAGGCAUUUGAGUAUUUUACAAAGCAAAGUAAUGUCAGCACUUUUGAAAAAUAUUCAACUUACUUUGCUGGGCCAGUUGUGAUGUACUUUGUGGGAAAACAUGUGAAAAGAAAACACAAUAUCAAUGAUGAUGUGCGACAAGCCAUGUAUGAUGAGGCAGAGAAAUGGAUGAAGGCUGUUGGCAAAAGAAAGUUCAUGGGAGGAAGUGCUCCAAAUCUUGCAGACCUGGCUGUGUAUGGAGUACUGAGCGGUUUAGAGGGUCUUGAUACGUUUAAAGACUUGAUGACACACACCACAAUGAAGCCAUGGUAUAACCGAGUCAAAGAAGCUGUGCAGACCCACGCUGGAGCUUGCUGAACUUUAAAUUGCUGUAUACAUGUGUAAUGUUGGCUUGUUUUUAUGUGCAGAUGAACUCCUCUCCCUCCUCUAAUCCCCUUCCCUUACGAACAAUUUCAUUUUUUCAAUUUUUUGCAAUGAGUAUAGCCAUUAGCGACUCAAAAGAGACCACUAGAUAUUAGCUCAGUAAGAUGAUAAAAAAAUACAAGAAACAAAAACACAAAAGAAACAUUAAUACAUCAGGAAGGAAUAUUAACAGCUAAAGAUAGACGAAACUGUAAAGGAUAAUAACUGAUCAUUUUGAAGACAAAUAUAGUCUGGCGCUUAAAUUA